GAAUAUUCUUAAAUUACCACAAUGUGUUUGGGUCAUUGAUGAAAACCUAGUCUGGGAUAAUCUAAUAUAUUUGGCAGUUGGUCGUGUAGAAUAUUUAAGCCAACUCAUUUGGGUUGAAGCACCUCUAUUACCUUCUGAAAUUGCCCAAGAGAUUGAGAAGCCAAAAAGAAAAAAUGGCUAG